GACAUAGCAGUGGCUUUCUUGUUUCCUGCAGGACUAAACUAGUGCAUCACCAUCCUCUAUUAAUCUUCCCUGCCUCCUCUCGAUCGGUAUUGAGGCCAUGGCAUCUUCCAGGAGACACUUCCUUCUCUGUCUCAGCUUCAUGCUCACUAUCUUGGGUGACUCCAGCGAAUCUGACAGGGUUCUUGAUCUCCCCGGUCAGCCACCAAGCCCACCCAUCUCCCACUUCUCAGGCUACAUAACAGUGAACAGAGAGAACGGGAGGGCCCUGUUCUACUGGUUCUUUGAGGCUCAAACUCUGCCGUCAGAUCGACCUCUUCUCCUCUGGCUCAAUGGAGGUCCGGGAUGUUCAUCAAUUGGCUAUGGGGCAGCUGUGGAACUGGGACCUCUAAGGGUGAAGAGACAUGGAACAGGACUCGAGUUCAAUAAAUAUGCUUGGAAUAAAGAGGCCAAUUUGCUGUUUUUGGAGUCUCCAGUAGGGGUUGGAUUCUCUUACACUAACACAUCCUCUGAUCUAACCAAACUAGAGGAUGGAUUUGUGGCUGAGGAUGCUUACAGAUUCCUGGUCAACUGGCUGAGAAGGUUUCCACAGUACCAGUCCCAUGACUUCUACAUAGCAGGAGAAAGCUAUGCAGGUCACUAUGUGCCCCAGCUAGCUGAGCUACUCUAUGACAGAAACAAGGACACAAAGAACUACCCAUACAUCAACUUCAAAGGCUUCAUUGUGGGAAACCCUGAGACAGAUGAAUACUAUGACUCAAAAGGGUUGCUGGAGUAUGCAUGGAGUCACACAGUGGUCUCAGACCAAGUUUACAGGCUUGCAAAACGAGUCUGCGACUUCAAGCUCUUUAACUGGACUGAUGAAUGCAAUGAUGCCAUGGAGAUGGUCUUUAACCAGUACAAGGAGAUCGACAUCUACAAUGUUUAUGCUCCCAAGUGUACUCUUCCUCAAUCAUCAUCUUCUUCUUCGUUUGAUGAAGAUAAUGCCAAGAAAAGCUUGAUGAGGAGGAUUAGAAGGUAUGCGGGGUACGAUCCCUGUUUCUCGACCUAUGCUGAGGAGUACUUCAACAGGGUUGAUGUGCAGAGAUCACUCCAUGCAAAUGUCAACGGGAGGUGGAGUGUCUGCAAUGAUUCGAUACUGAGAACAUACAACUUCACCGUCUUCUCUGUCCUGCCCAUCUACUCCAAGCUCAUAAAAGCUGGGCUGAGGAUAUGGCUCUACAGUGGAGACACAGACGGCAGAGUUCCGGUGAUUGGAUCAAGAUACUGUGUCGAAGCACUGCGUCUUCCUCUCAAGUCCCAGUGGCAGCCUUGGUUCCACAACCAUCAGGUAGGGGGAAGGUUUGUGGAGCACCAGGGGUUGACCAUGGUGACAGUGAGAGGAGCAGGUCACUUGGUUCCCCUCGACAAGCCACAGGAAGCACUUGUGCUCAUCAACUCCUAUCUGAGGAAUCAACAGCUUCCAACGCACAAGUGAUCAAAACAUUACAAAGCAAUUCAUCUUGAUUUAGAGAAUUUUGAUGAUUGAGCAGGCAAAAAAUCACUGCAAGAAGCUUGAUGAUUUCACCGCAAGAAGCUUGUGAAAUCUAAAUUUUGUGGUGAUGAUGCUGCCUUGAAUUUCUCAAGGAUUUCUAUGGAAGAGUUCAGUAUCUGUUCUA